AUGGCCAAAUCCCGCGACGAUGAUUUCGACCCCAGCCGCUUCUCCGCGGCGCGCCUGUGCUCGCACGCGCUUCAGAAGGGGUUCCAGGCGGGGGCGGUCGUGGGCGCGGCAGCCGUGCUGCCGACACUGGCCUUCUUGGCGUACCGGAAGACGGGCUCGCCGGCGAUGGAGCCCGGGGUGGUGAUGGAGGCGCUGGGCAAGAGCGGCUUGAUGGGGACGGGCCUCUCAGGCAUCUUGGUCAGUGGAAAAAUGAUCGGCAUGGAUCGAGAGGGCCUGGAGGACCGAGUGUACCGGCUUCAUUACAAUGAGGGCCAGAAACGUGUGGACCGCUUCUGCCAGGCGGGUGGGCUGUUGGGCGCCAUUGCAGCCGCCUUCCUCGUCAACAAGAGUCCAAUGGUCGUUGUGGGGGGAGCGGCCGCAGGGGCAUUUCUGGGGGUGGUCGCCCACGGCACCACCGCUGCCAAGGAUUCCACUCCUAACAAAAUGAUGCACGAGGUCACAAACUGA